CAACCGAGCCGCGAAACCUCAACACCUCAGUUUACUUUUACCGUCCGAUCGAGCAAGUCGUUUUCCGUCGCAGUUUCCAUUCGCAGAGUAUCGUUUUGAGUUGAUCACCCCGUGCUGCUCGCUGACCACAGCGGCAGCGCGCGUCGGCGGUUGGUGGUACCCGGCAUAUCGUCCGUCCGUGUGGGGGUUCGUCGCCUAUGGUUCGUGUCUUUUUAUUUUCGAAGUUUCUUCUGGUUGGUGUUCUUUUUGUGCUCGUAGAGUGCUUUAGGGCAGUGCAACGUUUUUAUUUGGUUUCCAAGCCUGAUAUGGCAAUAGUUUAGACUUAUUUGCUUAUCUUAUUGCAAAAGUACUACGCGAUCGCGAGUGACGCGGGGGCUUAUUAAUCGAGACUUUCUACACGCUAUCUAUACUGGCAAGCAGGAGCGAUCACUAUAGGCUUGGGUGCUUGAGGCGUUCGACAGCGAUAAUUUUUUUAACCGGCGCAAUUGCGACUGUUGUGUUCCGCCUUGGUCGACCCCAAAAUCACCAAACCAUUCAGCCCCUCGUUCAAUGUAUGUAAUAAUUAAACUCAUAUAUGUUCAGUGUGAUAUUCACACAAUUUUGGCCGUUUUUCUCCGUCGUCCGCGGAAGACCUCGAUCGUUUCGUCGGUUCCGAGUUGUGUGUGAAGAAGCCAUUCAUUAAAAGCGAAAUAUAGGAGUGAAAUCAAGCACGAUUGUGUUAUUUUUGGAAGCUGGUCCGGAAAGAGAGAUGACCAAUUCGGAGGAGAUCUCCAUGGAUAAAGAAGUGCGUGUGAAGUGAAUUGGAAACAUGAUCUGUUGGUGUCGUCUGUAGUGGAAUCGAAUUAUACCUGAGGAGCUACACCCUCUGUUAACCUGUAGUGUUGUAGUAGCUAAUCUCAAGUCAAUGAUCAAAAAGGAGUGGAAACCAAAAGAUGUGUAAAGGAAGAGAAGAAUAAAUUAAAGACGGACUACUGUUGUUGUCAUCAUUUCUGUAGCCAUCGUCGUCAUCGGAUACGGUUAGUCAGGAGGAGAAAAGUUUGGCAGGCGCGCUUUUUGUACGCCUCGAAGGAACGAUUCAUAUGUCACGGAAUGUGGUACACGUAGGAGAAAAGGCGGCUCAGCGAACGACUUCUGAAUACUAAUGCGGAAGGCGUGAACAACCCGUAUGACUGCGAAAGGUCUAGCUCGUCGAGGUUUUUUACUAUUGGAAAAAGCUCGCAACUCGAACCGAAAACGACUGAAAACGAUCGCCACUACAUCUGAUUGAAGCUAGUCAUCGCAGCCGAAAUAAUCGACCGAAAUCCUAUCGUGUGCACUUUGAAAUUGGAAGUCUGUUCCAACCCCGAGUCAUAACAAGUUUAAUGAGCUCCGGCUGAUUCAGCUAUGAGGUGUGAAGAAAAAUUAAAUGUGCCGUGUUUUUCGACUGCCGUUUGAAUUAUGAGCUAAUCAUUGUUGAGCCGUGUCUCACCAUUAAGCUACGGAUGCAGUGAAGAGAAAAAAAACAAGUGUGGCAAUAAAAUUGGAACAAACGAGUAGCAGCAACAACAACACGCGGAAACAGCCACAGCAACAUUAGUUGCAUCUAUCUGCAUAACACGCGGCGGCGUGGGGUGUGACUUGAACGUUGGACUAAACGGGGAACUUCUCUCGUCCCCGAUGAACGAACCAGCAGAGAAAACAUCACCAACGAACAACGACGAUGGGAUAUUUCUCGAAACGAAAUGUUUUUAUUUACUGCUGCGUUUCGGCGUGUCUGUCACUGAUCACCUACCUGAUCGCAUUUUCAUGCGAAGUGUCGUGGAUACUGGAAGCUAAUGGAAAACUCCCACUGCCAUCCUUCCUACUGUGUGCGGAGUUUUUCGUCCUCUUCAUAUCGUCUGCCAUUCUCAUCCAUGGACUGUCAACGGGCGUUUCAUGGGGCUUACUCAGCUGGUCGAUCAUCAUCGGGGUGCUGUCCGUGCCGGAGUUGGCACUUGUCAUGUACAUGACUAUUCAGCAUUGGGGCUUGCAGUCGGCACAUGGACUAACGGAAUUAAUAGGAUAUUUAGUACGUUUAAUAGUCAACUGUCUGGCGCUGCUGUGUGUCAUUCCGACUGCACUUCGAUGGCGCCAGGAAAAGAAAGUCCUCUCCCAGCUGGAAUCGCUCGCGUCGCGUCUUCAGCUUACAACACCGACUCCAGCUACUCCCUUUAACGCUACCAACGGCAUGAACUCACUGCGGGCCAGUAAGAGAAGUCAAGCCAGCAGACGACCUUCCACCGGGUUCGACAAUCCCGGUUACGUGCCGCACGAGACCAACUCCGCGGAUAUUGUUCAACAGUACACUCAGUAUAAUCAGCUCUACGGAUCGCAAAGCGAGUUCAAUGCCAGCAUAUUUGGCCUCAAUCCUUCGCAGUACAUAGGACCUCCUCCUCCACCGCUGGCUGCGGAACAUAAAAAGACGCAGUCAUUGCUUGAUUUGAGAUUCAUUUUCCCUCCGAAAUUCCUCACCACCAACGAGAAGAAGGCAGCCAAAGAUAGAGGAACUGACGAAACAGACAGUGUUCUGAACAACAAUCUCAAGAACCACCGAAUCAACAAUAAGUUGAACGAUGGGACAGGGAAGUCUAUCAAGGACAAUAACAGCGUAAUCGAGAUGAACACUGAUCCAACGUCAGCUAACAAUGAUCCAAUCUACCACACGAUCGAAUCGACCAAGCCCAGCAAAAUCCUUGGAAGAAAUUGUGUCUCGCUGGAGAACUUGGGAAACAUCACACUCUCCGAAUCCCCAUUGCCAUACAAAAAGAACGACUUUGCUCAGUACCGAUACGGCAACAACCUCCUCAAGAACUACGCACUCAAUCCGUGGAACGUGAUCGCAUACAAUCCAGCAUACAGUGCCUACCCUCCGGCUUACAUGCAUUACCACAUGCAUCCGUACCUGUACCAGAUGCAUCACAAUAACUUCCCACCGGCCACCGCAGCUGGGUACUUUGCCUCGCCACACCACCCCCAUCAAAUGCAUCCCCAGCAGCACCACCCGGGAGGACUGGGAGGCCACUACAGUGCCAACCAGUCGACCAUCAGCUACGGGUACAACAAUGGCUAUCUGACCAGUGCCAACAACAGUCGGCAGUCGUUGGGCAACGAAUCGGAUGACUUUCGCAAGUAUCGGGAUGUUGCCUUGUGAAAACGCGGAUCAAGGCGUGUAGAAAGCCGGGAGUAAAAGUGCAUAAGGUGAUGAAUGGUAGAGCUUUCGAAUACGUGCAAGUAUUUAUUUAUCGAUCGAUUGUCGUAGUAUUGUUAGUGGUUAAGAUGAGUCAGCGAAUCGACAACAAAGUGUACGUAUAACAUUAGCUGUAGGAAUACUCAAGUAUAGACGAAAAUGUGCAGUAAUCGAAAACACCAAUAUUGUCACAGUUACCUUUCUAAGACCUAAGACCAGCGAAAUUAUGCGCAAACAAAAUCGAUGUAUAGGCACAACGAAAUAUAGUAUUUUAUAUUAA